UGACGUCACACGCUAUCGCUCAGGUGAGGGUUGGGUUACGCGCACGCACUCAGGACCUUUUACUACUCUCGAAGCGACAUGCUGUCUGAAUACACGAGAGACAUUUAUUCAGCCAUUCAAGAGCGUUUCUGACAUCUCUGAUGUAGACGGGACAGCAGACGAGUUUUAUUUCCAGCCCUUCAGCAUCCAGCAUCAUGGACUACCACCUUCAGCCACGAAAACACUCAAACGAUAAACGUAUAUGUUGGAUACGGACACCUACAUAACCCAGCCUACUUUGGAAAACAUGAUUUAAAAGCUGAUUUUCUUUAUUGAAGUACACAUUUUGUAGUUUUUGAGGAACAAAGCCAUGUAUUCUCCUCUGUGGUUCUUCAUGGUCCUGCAUGGCAUCUUCCUGGCAUGUGCCUACACUGGAUGGAGCAAUCUGAAUAGUAUCCCACGAAAAACCAUUCAAUAUGAAGAUAACCAUGUGAUCACGUUUAAAGAGGAAGGUGUUUGGAAUUACUCCACAAUGCUGAUUAGGGAGGAUCUGGGUUUGCUGGUGUUGGGGGCGAGAGAGGCCAUCUACGCCCUUGACAUAAACGAUAUCUCUGUUGCCAAGUCGAAGGUGCCUUGGAAAGUUACAGAGGAGAAACAAAAGGAGUGCACCUCUAAAGGAAAACAUCCUGACAUCGACUGUCGUAACUAUGUACGGAUGCUGCAUCAAAUGAACGACAGCUUGAUGUACGUGUGCGGGACAAACGCCUUUAGCCCAACCUGUGAUUACAUAGUAAUUGACAUAACGUACGGUGACGGGCGGCUGAAACUGGAGGGAAAUCAGGAAGACGGGAGGGGGAAAUGUCCUUUUGAUCCUUUCCAGAGAUCCUCUUCCGUCAUGGUUGAUCAAGACCUGUAUUCUGCCACAUCCUUAAACUUUCUGGGUUCGGAGCCAGUCAUUCUCCGCACCUCUCCCAUUCCACUGCGGACAGUGUUUAAGAGCUCUUGGCUCAAUGAGCCAAACUUCGUCUACAUGGACGUGGUCCCAGAAAGCGAGGACAGUCCCGAGGGUGACGAUGACAAGGUCUACAUGUUCUUCAGUGAGAACGCUGUGGAGUACGACUUCUACAACAAGCUUGUGGUGUCACGUGUUGCUAGAGUCUGCAAGGGUGACAUGGGUGGUCAAAGGACCCUCCAGAGGAAAUGGACCUCUUUCUUGAAGACUCGUCUGGACUGUUCUCUCCCUGAGCCCAGCCUGCCCUACAUCAUACAGGACGUCUUUCAUGUUCGCCACAAGAAAUGGAGGAAAAGUGUCUUUUACGCUGUCUUCACCUCUCAGUCGAGCUCAACAGAUCUGUCUUCGGCAGUAUGUGCGUACAAUGUGACCGAUAUCAGCGAGGUGUUCUCACGUGGCAAAUUUAAGACGGAGGUGAAUGUGGAAAUGUCUGAUGUGAAGUGGGUCAUGUACAACGGAGAGCUUCCUGUCCCUCGACCAGGAGCUUGUAUCAACAACGCAGCAAAAAGUGCAGGAAUAAUGCGGUCGCUGGACCUCCCUGAUAAAACCCUACAGUUCAUCCGAGACCAUCCCCUCAUGGACGACGCCGUCCGUCCAAUCACAGGCAAGCCCCUGCUGCUCAAGAGAGGCCCGCUGUUGACCCGGCUCGUUGUAGACGAUGUAUCUGCAUCGGACGGACAGUCCUAUCCUGUGGUGUUUGUCGGCACAGAAAACGGUUAUGUGCAGAAAGCAGUGAACUAUGAUGGAGAAAUGCACAUUAUUGAAGAAGUAAAACUGUUUCAGAACGCUGAUCCAAUUGACGUCCUAAGACUUCACCAGAAUCAGUUGUAUGCAGGCUCUGCGUCUGGGGUUGUUCAGAUGCCCGUCAGCAGCUGCAGUCGUUAUUUUUCCUGUGUGGACUGUGUGCUGGCUAGAGACCCUUACUGUGCCUGGGACGCCACAGUGCAACGGUGCUCUAGAGUACCCACAUCACCUGAGAAUGCAAAAAGCAAUCUGAUACAAAGUCUAAAGGACGGGGAUGCCACUCGAUGCACAACAACAGCUCCCGUGGAACCAAAGAUCCGCACCCUGGUGCUGGGAAACAACAUUAGGUUGCUGUGUCAUCCAGACUCUAACUUGGCCCAGGUCAUCUGGAACUUUGCUGGAAAGCCACUCCCCUACUCAAACAGGAAGUAUACUAUUUAUAAUGAAGGCAUCCUUGUCUACAACGCUUCUGCCGCUGAUGCUGGACGCUACACCUGCACGUCAGUUGAGCGGGCGAAAGGAAGAGACUACACCCAAACGCUGGCCAUUUAUGACUUGCGUGAACAAUCAGCAGCAGUUGUGACAGAUAAGAUUAAGACCACAUUGGGAAUCCUUUCUGAAAGCUAUACAACAUCAUCAGGUUUGCAUAAACCCGAAGAGCCUCCAUCACAUUCAAAAAAUCUGAGCAGUGAGAGCAAAUGGAUAGUAAUGCAAGUGGCGUUGGCUGUGCUGUCUGUUAUGAUGGCAUGUCUGCUGAUCUGGAACCUGUACAUGGGCCACAUCUCUCCGUUUAUGUGCUGUGGGAGACAAUCAAUCAAAAGCCCCAGGAAUCUUCCAGAAAGGGAAUACAUGCACACAGGAAAUGAUGCUGUGGACAGUAAACAGCAAAUGGUCAGGCUGUGUGUCACAACGAACAGUGGUCUAGAAGCCACUAACUUCCACAGGAAUAUCACCAAUGGGGAUACACCAACGGACAUUUGUAUUUUUAAGUACAUUACAGACGAGUCUGAGAUUUAAGAUUUUUAUUUUUUUUUUACAUUAUGAUUUUGU